AUGUCUAAUCGCUCGGAUAUCCCCUGCACCGAAGAGAUGACAGAGUACUAUGAAGGCAUCCCAGCUCAUUGGCCCACAAUGCCAGCGACCCCGUUCAUAGGAGUCACCAGUCCUUACUGCACAGAGCCUCUAGCUCCGAAUAGCCUCCUGACACCAAUCAGUCUUCCGGAUGGCUCGUUUCGUCCCAGCCCAGCAAUCAGUAGCCACUCGCAGGGCUACCACACGCAAGAAUACCAGUAUAGCCUCAAUGAUCCCCUCUCAGCCCCACUGGGUCUCGGUAUCUCUGCACCAUUCCCGAGUGAUUUCCCCCAGUCUUCAGCUCCCGAUACUGCCUACCUGUACGCUCCGGAUCCAAGUGGCCGCCAGCAUGGCGUGACACAAACGCCUAGCCAGUCGCCACAGGGUCCACCAGCCAAACGCGCCAGACUUCCGUCCUUGGAGACGCCAUUACGCGAGCAGCCAAGCAACUCACCAGUGAGCAUCGCUCCUAACCCAGAAGGCGUUCUCCGAAUGGAGCAAGAUCGCCAGCACGUCCAGCCAACUUCACACAUACUCCCCAAGAUCCGGGCCCCAGGCCGUGGGCGACGCGACCCCCAAGCAGAAGAUGAAGACGCAUUUGUAGAAGAACUGCGAGAUAGACACACGGCCUGGAAGGUCGUGCGUCAGGAAUUCCGGGAGAGAUUUAAUAAAGAUGCCUCCGAGGCCCGCCUGCAGAUGCGUCUUCAUCGCCGGCUCCGAGAGCGAAUGGUGCGGUGGGAAGAAUCAGAUAUCAAACUGCUAAUCGACGCCCAUGGGAUCUGGGCAAGAGAUAAAUUCCAUUACCUUUCAGACAAGAUGAAAGAACUUGGCGGUACUAGACUGUACUCGCCCGAUCAAUGCAGAACUCAACUUCGACUUCUAGACGCGAAAAAACAACAUCGUGAUCGCUCGAGUGAAUCGCCAUCUGCUAUGUCUGACCCUGCUCCUAUGACACCUACUGUGUCUCGAAAACGACCUCGAGCUCAGUCCCUGGAGCUAGAUAUUGACGAGGAAGCGACCUUUUAG